AUGGGUGUGCUAGUGGUGGUGCCUGCCUGCUCCUUGGCCGAGGAGGCCACAUUUAGGUUUGGUGACAUCUCCCUGGGCAGGUUUAAACAUGAGAACGAGCAACCCUGGGGGACGCCCUGCACUCAGCUCCUCAUCUUUGUUGCCACACCGGGCUGCAAUGGGUUUCCCAGCCUGGACUCCAAGGAAGGCUAUAAGCUGUCCGUCUCGGAAGGCUCCUUGCUGCUCUCUGCGGAUGCUGUCUGGGGAGCUCUCAGAGGCCUAGAAACAUUCAGCCAGCUUGUUGGGAGAGAUGAGAACGGCACAUACUACAUCAACAAGACAGAAAUUGUGGACUUUCCCCGCUUCCCUCACCGGGGACUGUUGCUGGACACCUCUCGUCACUACCUGCCGCUGAGAGCCAUCCUGGAAACUCUGGACGUCAUGGCUUACAACAAGUUCAAUGUGUUUCACUGGCACAUUGUGGACGACCCGUCUUUCCCUUAUGAGAGCUGGACCUUCCCAGAGCUCAGCAAGCAGGGAGCCUUCAAUGCCAUGACCCAUGUGUACACAGCCAGCGACGUGCAGAUGGUGAUCGAGUAUGCCCGGCUGCGUGGCAUCAGAGUCAUCGCAGAGUUUGACACUCCUGGGCACACCCUCUCCUGGGGUCCAGGUGCUCCAGGCCUCCUGACUCCCUGCUAUUUGGGCAAGGAUCCUUCUGGGACCUAUGGACCCAUCAACCCCAUCCUUAACAGCACCUACCAGUUUGUGACCAGUUUGUUUCAAGAGGUCAGCACUGUGUUCCCAGACUUCUUUCUUCACCUCGGUGGUGAUGAGGUGGACUUCACGUGCUGGAAAUCCAAUCCAAAAAUUCGUGCCUUCAUGAAGGAGAUGGGCUUUGGUGAAGAUUACAAAAAAUUAGAGUCCUUCUACAUCCAGAGGCUUCUGGACAUCAUCUCUUCCCUCGGCAAAGGUUAUAUUGUGUGGCAGGAGGUGUUUGACAACGAAGUGAAGGUGAGGCCAGACACCAUCAUCCACGUGUGGAAGGAGAACUCCAUGCCGUACAUGGAAGAGAUGGCAAAUGUCACCAAGGCUGGCUACCGGGCUCUGCUCUCUGCCCCCUGGUACCUCAACCACAUCUCCUAUGGGCAGGACUGGAUGGCAGCCUACCAGGUGGAGCCCUUGGGGUUUGAAGGCAGCCCUGAGCAGAAGGAUCGGGUGAUCGGCGGAGAGGCGUGCAUGUGGGGUGAAUAUGUGGACGUCACUAACCUGGCCCCCAGGCUCUGGCCAAGAGCUGGGGCCAUAGCUGAGAGACUGUGGAGUAACGCAACCGUCAGGGACCUGCAAGAUGCCUACGUGCGGCUGGCUGACUUCCGCUGCAAGCUUCUUGGGCGUGGUGUCCAGGCGCAGCCCCUCUACAUAGGAUACUGUGAGAAUGAAUUCGGUGGGUUUUGA